GGUAAUUUUCAAUUUCAAAUGCUACAGGGUUUGAAUGCCCCCACUUUUCUUAACAUUUGAUUUUUAAGGGAAGGAUGAGUUAGGAAACCGUGUGAGCCCCACUUUCAACAAGUUAGGUGCUGAUAACAAUUGAAUGCCAUUAUUCAUUUGCUCUUCAGUUCUCACGGUCCAGCCAAAUGGUGAUUCUUUUUUGAUAAGGUCCACACAAGACACCGAAUUCAGCCCUCAGUAUGAUGUCUUCCUUAGUUUCAGAGGCGAAGACACCCGUAAAAGCUUCACUGAUCAUCUUCACACGGCGCUUUGUCAAAAAGGAAUCAACACUUUCAUGGAUGACCAACUUAGGAGAGGAGAACAAGUAUCUCCAGCGCUCCUUAACGCCAUUGAAGAAUCGAGGUUUUCCAUCAUCAUUUUCUCUGACAACUAUGCUUCUUCCAGUUGGUGUCUGGACGAGCUAGUAAAGAUACUUGACUGCAUCAAAGUUAUGGGACAUAGAGCACUACCAGUUUUCUAUAACGUGAAUCCCUCUCAUGUAAAAAAACAAACAGGGAGUUUUGCAGAGGCAUUUGCAAAGCAUGAACAAGAAAACAGGGAGAAGAUGGAGAAAGUGGUCAAGUGGAGAGAAGCUUUAACUGAAGUAGCCACAAUUUCUGGAUGGGAUUCCCGGGAUAGGCAUGAAUCCAAACUUAUUGAGGAAAUUGUUAGAGAUAUUUGGAAUAAAUUGGUUGGCACAUCUCCAAGCUACAUGAAGGGCCUAGUUGGGAUGGAGUCCCGCCUAGAGGCCAUGGAUUCCUUAUUAUGUAUUGGAUCACUUGAUGUUCGGAUGGUAGGAAUUUGGGGCAUGGCUGGCAUAGGGAAGACUACCAUUGCUAAAGUUAUUUAUGAGCGAAUCUACACUCAAUUUGAAGGUUGUUGCUUUCUUUCAAAUGUUAGAGAAGAGUCAUACAAACAUGGUCUACCUUAUUUACAAAUGGAACUCCUUUCACAAAUUUUAAAGGAAAGGAAUCCAAAUGCAGGACUUUUUAAUAAAGGAAUCAAUUUUAUGAAGGAUGUGCUCCACUCUAGGAAGGUCCUUAUUAUCCUUGAUGAUGUGGAUCAACGAAAACAGUUGGAAGAUUUAGCAGGAGACAAUAAUUGGUUUGGAUCGGGAAGUCGAAUUAUCAUAACAACUAGAGAUCGACAUUUGCUAACUUGUCAAGAAGUGGAUGCAAUAUACGAAGUUAAGGAAUUAGACAAUGAUGAAGCUCUUAAGCUAUUUUGUCUGUAUGCCUUUAGACAUAAGCAUGGUACAGAAGAUUUUAGGCAGCUAUGUGGCCAUGCACUAGAUUAUACUAGUGGCCUCCCGUUAGCCCUUAAAGUCUUGGGUUCUUCUCUAUACACAAAAGGCAUACAUGAAUGGAAGAGUGAAUUGGACAAACUCAAACAAUUCCCCAACAAAGAAGUUCAAAAUGUGCUCAAAACAAGUUUUGAAGGGUUAGAUGACAAUGAACAAAAUAUAUUUCUUGAUAUUGCAUUCUUUUAUAAAGGGCAUGAUAAAGAUUUUGUUGGAGACAUACUAGAUAGUUGUGGUUUCUUCUUUGGCAUUGGGAUAAGAAAUCUUGAAGAUAAGUCACUGAUAACUAUUUCGGAGAAUAAGUUGUGCAUGCAUGAUUUAUUACAAGAAAUGGGUUGGGAAAUUGUUAGACAAAAAUCUGAAGUACCUGGCGAGCGUAGCAGGUUAAGAGUUCAUGAGGAUAUCAAUCAUGUACUAACAACAAAUACGGGGACUGAAGCAGUUGAAGGCAUAUUCCUUGAUUUGUCUGCAUCGAAAGAGUUGAACUUUAGUAUUGACGCCUUUACAAAGAUGAAGAGAUUAAGAUUGCUCAAAAUCUGUAAUGUGCAAAUAGAUAGAAGCUUGGGAUAUUUGUCAAAAAAAGAGUUAAUUGCCUAUACUCAUGAUGUUUGGAUAGAGAGGAAUUAUUUGUACACUCAAAAUAAAUUGCACCUAUAUGAAGAUUCCAAAUUUCUAUCCAACAACUUAAGAGAUCUCUAUUGGCAUGGAUACCCUUUGAAGUCCUUUCCAUCAAAUUUUCAUCCAGAGAAGCUUGUUGAGCUAAACAUGUGCUUUAGUAGACUUAAACAACCGUGGGAAGGAAAAAAGGGAUUUGAGAAGUUGAAAUCCAUCAAACUUAGCCACUCUCAACAUCUAACCAAAAUACCAGACUUCUCUGGAGUGCCAAACCUUAGGAGACUAAUUCUCAAAGGUUGUACAAGUUUGGUCGAGGUUCACCCAUCUAUUGGAGCUCUCAAGAAGCUUAUUUUCCUGAAUUUAGAAGGCUGCAAAAAACUCAAGAGUUUCUCAAGCAGCAUCCAUAUGGAGUCCCUUCAAAUUCUUACUCUCUCUGGCUGCUCAAAACUGAAGAAGUUUCCAGAGGUCCAAGGGAAUAUGGAACAUCUACCAAAUCUUUCUUUAGAAGGGACUGCUAUAAAAGGAUUGCCCUUGUCCAUUGAAAAUCUCACUGGACUUGCUUUGUUAAAUCUGAAAGAGUGCAAAAGCCUUGAGUCACUACCCAGAAGCAUUUUUAAGUUGAAGUCCCUGAAAACUCUCAUUCUUUCAAACUGCACAAGACUCAAGAAGCUUCCAGAGAUUCAGGAAAACAUGGAGAGUUUGAUGGAGCUUUUUCUAGAUGGGAGUGGUAUAAUAGAACUGCCUUCCUCAAUUGGGUGUCUAAAUGGGCUUGUUUUUUUGAAUCUGAAGAAUUGUAAAAAACUUGCAAGUCUUCCGCAAAGCUUUUGUGAGUUGACAUCUCUUAGGACUCUUACUCUCUGUGGUUGCUCAGAGCUGAAGGAUUUGCCAGAUAACUUGGGGAGCCUACAAUGUUUAACAGAGCUGAAUGCAGAUGGAAGUGGUGUACAAGAGGUUCCACCCUCUAUUACUCUUUUGACAAACCUUCAAAUAUUAUCAUUAGCAGGAUGUAAGGGAGGGGAAUCCAAGUCAAGGAAUAUGAUCUUCUCUUUCCACUCAUCACCAACAGAAGAAUUGCGACUGCCUUCUUUCUCGGGUUUAUACUCCUUGAGAGUGUUAAUUCUACAACGUUGCAACCUAUCGGAAGGAGCAUUGCCCAGUGAUCUUGGGUCCAUACCCUCAUUGGAAAGGUUAGAUCUGAGCAGGAACAGUUUCAUUACCAUACCUGCUAGCCUCAGUGGACUUUCUCGGCUGCGAAGUCUCACAUUAGAAUACUGCAAGAGUCUUCAAUCAUUGCCAGAGCUUCCAUCAAGUGUUGAAAGUUUAAAUGCCCAUAGUUGCACAUCCCUGGAAACCUUCACAUGUUCAUCAAGUGCAUACACAUCCAAGAAGUUUGGGGAUCUCAGAUUUAAUUUCACUAAUUGCUUUAGACUAGGAGAGAAUCAAGGCAGUGACAUUGUGGGAGCUAUAUUAGAGGGAAUCCAGCUUAUGUCAUCAAUACCAAAAUUUCUGGUGCCAGAUCGGGGGAUCCCUACUCCACACAAUGAAUAUAAUGCUUUGGUUCCUGGAAAUAGAAUUCCAGAGUGGUUCAGGCAUCAGAGUGUAGGGUGUUCUGUAAAUAUAGAGCUGCCUCAACAUUGGUAUAAUACCAAGUUGAUGGGAUUGGCUUUUUGUGCUGCUCUCAAUUUCAAGGGUGCUAUGGAUGGGAACCCCGGUACAGAACCGUCAUCCUUUGGUUUAGUUUGUUAUCUGAAUGAUUGUUUUGUGGAGACUGGCCUGCACUCAUUGUAUACUCCACCUGAAGGAUCCAAAUUUAUUGAGUCAGAUCACACGUUGUUUGAGUAUAUAUCUCUUGCUCGACUAGAGAUCUGCCUCGGUAAUUGGUUCAGAAAGCUAAGCGACAAUGUGGUUGCUUCAUUUGCAUUGACGGGCUCAGAUGGUGAGGUGAAAAAGUGUGGGAUUCGUCUAGUAUACGAGGAAGACGAGAAAGAUGGCGGAUGCAGCUUUCCUUUCGGCACCACGUGGCCGGGAGAUGGAGAUGGAGAUGACUCUAACUACAAAAAAGGUCUUCUGAUGGACCCUUCGGCUCCUCCAAAAUUGGAUUCCCUCUAUAUGGACCCCUCGGCUCCUCCAAAAUUGGAUUCCCUCUAUCCCCUCCAUCUCCUAUGCUCCCCCUAUUUCAAUAAAAAGUUUAAAGAUGGUUCCAGUUGAAGAAGCGCCCGUUCAAUCUCUAUCAUACCUCAUCAUUUGAGAGAUGAAUCUGAGGUUAUUGAAGAAAUUGUUACCAAGAUAUUGAAUGAACCAAUUGAUGCAUCCAUAAGCAGCAUGGAUGAUCUAGUUGGGCGUAUAGAGGAUAUGGUUUCAUCAUUAUGUAUUGGUUCUGAUGAUGUUUGGAUUGUAGGAAUUUGGGACAUGGCCGGCAUAGGUAAGACCACCAUCGCCAAAGUUGUUUACAAUCAAAUCCACAAUAAAUAUGAAGAUUAUUACUUUC